AUGGAUGGAACUAACAAGAGCACCCAAGGACAUUUCAUCCUUUUAGGGUUUUCUGACCGACCCCAUCUGGAGAGGAUCCUCUUUGUGGUCAUCUUGGUUGCCUAUCUCCUGACCCUGGUAGGCAACACCACCAUUAUCCUGGUGUCCAAGCUAGAUCCCCAACUCCAAACUCCCAUGUACUUUUUCCUCACUCACUUGUCCUUCUUGGACCUCUGCUUCACCACCAGCUCCAUCCCGCAACUGCUCUAUAAUCUCCAUGGGCCAGACAAGACCAUUAGCUACACAGGCUGUGCCAUCCAGCUCUUCCUAUUCCUUGGUCUGGGUGGUGUUGAGUGUCUACUCCUAUCUGUUAUGGCGUACGAUAGGUUUGUUGCAGUGUGUAAACCCCUGCACUACAUGGUGAUCAUGAACCCAAGACUCUGCAUGGGUUUGGUGUCAGUAGCCUAUUUCUGUGGAAUUGGUAACUCCAUGUUCAUAACACCACUCACCCUGCAUUUGCCUCGCUGUGAGCACAACAGAGUGAACCACUUUCUAUGUGAAGUACCUGCUCUCAUCCGAAUAGCAUGUGUCAAUACAGCCGCUGUUGAGGGCACUGUCUUUCUUAUGGCAGUGAUAAUUGUGCUGAUACCCCUAAUGUUUAUUCUGAUCUCCUAUGGUUACAUUGUGAAAGCUGUGUUACAGAUCCGCUCAGGAUCAGGCUUGCAAAAAGUCUUCAACACCUGUGGCUCCCACCUCACAGUGGUCUCCCUUUUCUAUGGGAACAUCAUCUAUAUGUACAUGCAACCAGGAAACAGCUCUUCCCAAGACCAGGGCAAGUUUCUCACCCUCUUCUAUAGUAUUGUCACCCCUCUCCUGAACCCCCUGAUUUACACCCUGAGGAACAAAGAUGUGAAGGGGGCUCUGAGAAGGCAGAUAUUGCGUGAUAGAGAGAGCAGAAAGGGCUAA